GCGUGUGUGAUUUUUUUUUGCUUCUUCUGCGGUGUUUGUCGCCUUCGCAAGCUUCGGAAGUUGAGCUUCAUUUGGCGCUCGAGGCGUUCGUUUCUGCGAUCUGGAGUUGGAAGUUGCGGACAUUGCGCUCUGUGGCUCUUCUGUUCGUCGGGAGGUUCGUCAUUAAGCGUGGCUUUGCUUGUGUGGUUACUGCUUUGAAGAAAUAGACGUCGUGGAUGAUUUGAAGGUCUUGCUGCUUGUUCCAAGUCGUGGAGUGGAAGGAGUUUGCAGUUUAUUUGUCGCGGAAAGAACUGGGAGGGCGGAGGAGGCUUGAGGUUAGGGUGAUUGAAGAGCGAUACAGUGAAGCGGGAUGUUACGAUGGCAGGGUUCAGUCCAGGCGAAUUCAGAUCCUCGGCAAGCCUCCACAGAUAUUCCAAUCAACCCCAAUCAGUUUACAGACGUAAUACCUGAGCUACCACAGUCAGGUUGGCGGCAGAAAGCCAGUACUAUUGGAAGUGCACUCUACUGCAUUUAUCUUGGCGCCUACGCGGUUCUGGUAGUCACGUCUGCAUGGAUACCCAAGUUAACGCCUAUCAAUCACGCGCCAAUAUUUGCUCUGUGCAAUCUUGUAAUGCUGGCUAUCACAGGUUUAUUGCAACAGCAUCUGUGCAAGCAAUUGAAGAAAGAACGGGACCAGGGUUUUCUUCAAUUUAGUGCCAACCUUGAGUGGAUUGUAUACUUGCCUUUCAAGGUUGUCGCUUACGGAACUGGUUCGAUUUUAGUGGUGGUUGCAUGGGAUCUACAGGAGCAACUGGAUAUUCCUCAUUUGCUUCUGUUGCGGGUUGUCAUUCUGGUGCAGAUUGUAUGUGCUGCAGCAUUGGUUGGAACUUUUAUAUGGAAGGUUCGCCAUCACAACUUGAUUGAUUGUGAGCCAGAUGCCAUGCACUCUCUUUACUCUCCAUUGCAACCUCCGGAGUCGCUGAGGGGCAUCAGGUACACAGAGCGGGGAGGAUUAGUGGAGCAGCAAGCGGCACUUAUUCGUUACCAAAUGGAUAAUCUUCAACACCUUCACAAGGAGUUUUCUAGGCUCCAGAAAAGAAAGUUUGAAUACGAGCGCUCUCAGGAUGGCAGCACUACACCAUUGGUCGACUUGGUACAUCUCCUAGACACAAGAGAACAAGAAUUGCGAGCCAUUGCUGCUGAGAGGGAUAUUUUGCAGGAUGAGGUGAAGACAGCACGAAGUCUAAUAGGUGGACGAGAGUCUGACCUGGUAGCUGUACGAUCAGAGAAUGACAAGUAUGUGGAAGAGAAUGAAGGCUUGCGAGCUGAAUUGGAUGAGUGGAGUGUCCGCACAGCGAAGUUUGAAGUAGCUCUUGAAGCUGAGCGUCUCAAAAGUUUGGACCUGCGGAGACAGUAUCUUGAACUUCGACAGUCAGCCUCCAAUGUAACCUCAUCUUAAUAAUAUUGUUGAUGAUGAAGUCUUUACUAAGCAACUGAUUUGUCAACAGAAUUUAACGAUGUAUUAUAUUGUAUCCAUGAAGAGUUUUUAUUUUAUUUUAUUUCUUCUCCUUGGGAUAGCUGUAGUUGUAGAAACCUGCCUGAAAUCGUCUAGACGUAAAUUUAGAAUUGGAGUAGUCAUUCUUAUGAUGUUAACGCAAUGUCGUCAUUGUGAUGACUAAAUUGACCAUAUUUCACAUCAGGUGGAGAUGAGUUUUUAAUAGACGAAAGAAGUUACCACGUUUACAAAUUCCUCGUGUUUGAUAAGGUGUAGUAAAUAACUUACAUUUCCUCCAUCUGUGUACCUCUUGGACUUGCAAACGAUAGUAAGAAAUGUAGUUGAUAUAUGUUCAAUUUGUAUUAUUGGGCAGUUCUUUAUAAAAAGAAUCAUGUUGAAUGCUUAA